AUGGGCUGCCUCACACCACACCUUUUGGAAAGAAUUUUACUUCUACUUGGACCCUGUGGGCCAAAGUUUUUACACUCAAAAUAUUGUUGGGCCAUCAUGAGGCACAUGAAAUUGCUUCAUACCAAAAAUAAGGUCAAGCUGGACAAAGUCUUCCCAAACUGGUUCCUUCAUUCUGUCUCAAAUCUUUCUGAAAGAAACUCAGAUUGUUCUAACUCUAGCUUAGAACACAAAAAUGCAGCUGGCUUUUCUUUUUUUAAUUCCCUUGAGCUGGAUUUUCAGAUGGGGUCUUGGUUAUUUUGUUUUUGUUUUUAA